UAGAAAUAAUCAGAAACAUAAUAAUAAUAAGAAGCAAAAAGAUGGCCAAGUCCAGCAAGAGCAUGAAAGACAUGACACUUACAGGUCUAGGCAGCUUAAUAAAACUCCUUCCAACAGGGACAGUUUUCCUCUUCCAAUUCCUAAACCCUGUCUUAACAAACAAUGGUAACUGCCACCCGAUCAAUAAAUACUUAUCGGGUGCCCUAAUUUCAGUUUGCACCAUGUCUUGCUUCUUCACCACCUUCACAGACAGUUACAAGGGUAGUGAUGGGAAUACCCAUUACGGGAUUGCCACCUUCAAGGGCUUGUGGCCUUCCCCCUGUUCUGAUUCUGUUGACUUGUCCAAGUACAAGAUUAGGUUUGGGGACUUUGUUCAUGCUUUCUUCUCGUUGAUCGUGUUUGGUGUUGUGUCUCUACUUGAUUCAAACUCUGUUGAGUGCUUUUACCCGAGUUUUGAAUCUACGGAGAAAAUCUUGCUUAUGAUUUUGCCUCCUGUCAUUGGUACUGUAUCUGGAACUUUGUUCAUGUUGUUCCCUACUAAUCGUCAUGGCAUUGGUUACCCAACGAGCAAGGAAACAGAUAAUGAAGACGAUCCAUAAACCUUUUUACCCUUUCUGUUUGUGUUAUAAUUUGUAUGAAAUGAAUUGUUGAUUUCUAUCCCCUUUAUAAUUAUUCAUGAAAAAAAUCAUGUUAUUAUCCAA